CUGGAGGAGGUGGCCAACGAGGCGAAACAGGCGGAGGAGCGCGCCAAAAAGGCGAUCGCCGACAGCGCUCGAGUCUUCGAGGAGAUCCGUCAAGAGCAGGAGCACACUCAGCGCCUCGAGAAGACGCGAAAACAGUUGGAGCUACAGAACAAAGAGCUACAAGCUCGUCUGGAGGAGAGUGAAUCGGGCGCCAUGAAGGGCGGCAAGAAGGCGUUGGCCAAACUGGAGCAACGAGCGCGUGAGUUGGAGGGCGAGUUGGAGGCUGAGCAGCGCCGACACGCCGAGAGCCAGAAGAACCUGCGCAAAGUGGACCGUCGGCUGAAGGAGGUCUCUUUCCAGGCUUAUCGAAUGGAUAUUCUGUGA